AUGUCAACUCCUCACCGAGGCUCCUCUAACUCAUUGCCAGACAGUGCAUCGGCUCUUGCUCCUAGUUCAGCGGCCACCUCCAGAGCACAAGGGACCGCUAUUCCGCCUCCAUCAAACCCGAAGCCUCUAAAUCCUGUAGUCCAUAAUGCUAACCGUAAGGUUUCCGAGAAGAAGUCUAACCCAUCACUGUCCAAUGGCAAGACGGUGGUUCGGGAUCGCCCAUUUGCCCUGAACCGAUUCAUAUUAUACGAGACGAAGCGCUGGUUUUAUGUUGUUGGCUCCAAUUCCUCUGAUACCCUACAUAGGGUUCUGAAAGUGGACCGAACUACCCAGGAUGAACUCAUCGUCAUGGAAGACGAGGUUGUCUAUAGCGAGCGUCAGCUUAAUGAUUUACUACGGACGCUCGAGGAUGGAAACAAGGGGAGCGGCGGUCUGACCAGAGUUGGGGUUUUCUUUGGCAUCGCUGGCUUUGUCCGCUUCACUGCGGGAUGGUAUCUAGUCGCAAUAACGAAGAGAACUGUCGUUGCCCUACUGGGUGGUCAUUACCUAUAUCAUUGUGAAGAGACACAGAUGUAUCAAGUAACUUACAAUCAAAAGGUGGAGAAACCCUCUGAAGAACAACGUCUGAUGGCUGCUUUUCGCCAAGUGGACAUGACCCGAAACUUCUAUUUCUCUCACACUUAUGAUAUCACCUCGUCCCUCCAACAUAACAUGACGCGCGGAUUCCUCUCGAGACAGCAUGGCCACUCCCACAAACCCUGCGGAGGUCAUCCAAAUCACGACAUCCCUGGAAAAUCUGAGAAAUCAGGAUGGAAGUUCAAUGACCGUUACGCGUGGAAUUACCGCAUGUUAUUAGAAGCGUUCGAUCCAGAGAAGAAUAUGCAAGCGAAACAAGCGGACGCAACGAAGAAUCAUUGGAUUUUACCACUCAUAUACGGACAUGUCGACCAAGCAAAACUCACGGUCGGAGGCCGUGUCAUUUUCGUGACACUAAUUGCCAGGCGAUCACGACAUUUCGCUGGCGCCCGGUAUCUCAAGCGUGGAAUAACCGAAGAGGGCAACGUCGCAAACGAGGUCGAAACAGAACAGAUAGUCUCUGAAGCCCUGACGACUGGCUUUUAUUCACCUAUCCCCCGAGACGAGCGGGAACGAAUUAUCUUUUUAAAGAGAAGCCCCAAUGCCAGAUACACAAGUUAUCUUCAGUAUCGAGGCAGUGUGCCGAUCUACUGGACUCAGGAUAUAACGAACAUGAGUCCUCGCCCACCUAUCGAAAUCACGGUGAUGGACCCUUAUUACACAGCUGCUGCACGUCACUUCGAUAAUCUAUUCGAGCGCUAUGGGACCCCAAUCAUUAUUCUCAACCUCAUCAAGUCAAGAGAGCCAACUCCACGAGAGAGCAAACUACUAUAUGAAUAUACGCGUUGUGUGGAAUACCUCAAUCAGUUUCUGCCGGAGGAUAAGAAGAUGCACUAUCAUGCUUGGGACAUGUCGCGCGCGUAUAAAGAGAAGAAGCAGGAUGUCAUAGGAGUUCUGGAAGAUAUUGCGGAAGAAUGCAUUAAUAUCACCGGGUUCUUCCAUUCAGGAGCCGAGCCGUACUCGCAUGCAUUGCGAGCCGAAUCUGAGGAAAUUCCGUAUCGACCGAAGAUUUCUCUACAGAAUGGCAUUACAAGGACUAAUUGCGUAGACUGCCUGGAUCGCACAAACGCUGCACAAUUCGUCUUUGGAAAAAAGGCUCUGGGUCAUCAGCUAUAUGCCCUGGGUGUAAUCGAAAGUCCCCAGUUACCGUUUGAUUCUGAUGCGGUCAAUAUGUUGACCCAAAUGUAUCAUGAUCAUGGCGACACCAUUGCCCUUCAGUACACCGGAAGCGCGCUGGUGAACCGCGUGGAAACGUACCGCCGGAUGCCCCACUGGAAUAGCCAUUCGCGCGACAUGAUCGAGAACAUACGACGUUUCUACGCCAAUUCAAUGCUAGACGCGGACAAGCAGACCGCAAUCAACGUAUUUCUUGGUGUCUCCACGGUCCCACCCACCAUACCACGUUCACCCCCACCGAAGUCCUAUCAAUUAUGGUAUAAUCCGGAGCACUUAGAGACCCCCUACGUUGUAGACGACUGCGAAAAAUGCCUAUGGGAUUUCUCCAAUCAAUCUGAAUAUUGGGUUGAGUAUUACCGUCCGUCGGCAUUCACGAGCCUCGGGAAACACUUUGCAUACAGAAUGAAUAGCACAGCGAGGCUUCCCGGUGCCAAUGUCAACGAGCCCGAUUACAGCCCAUUCCGAAACCGUGCAGAAACAGCACAUCAACCCCCUCGACUGAUGGAUGGUGUGCGUCGCCUGAUUGGAGCGAAUUCUGGCACGCCGCACAGAAAAAUUAGUGACAAAGCAACGAAAGAAACCAAGACCGUACUGGUGAAAGAUGAGGCGGAUGAUUUAGACGUAAACAGCAUUGAAGCGAUCACUGCGCGCUUAUUUAAAGGCGAGAUCUCAGAGUCAGAGGAAGCGGAGUAUGAAUGGUAA